CGGCGUGUGAAAGUCAACGCCGAUUCACGGAACUGUUUCAGCGCAACCGGAGGUGGAUGUAAUUAUUCUCUGUCAGUUCGGGAGCGCGUAAAGUGGAUCGUCCACGUUGCAGCGAAGGGGCUGUACGGUAGCACACCAGCGUACCAUGGAGGAGCCGGAGCCAAUGGCCUCAGCAGCAGGGCAGCGACUCGGAGCCCCCGAGACCCUGGGCAUCAGUACCCUGGACCCCGGACACAGGCCCCCGACCAUGCCCCCCGGACGGCACGUCACUGUCAGGGUCCGCAUGCUGGACGACACAGAGGAGCUCUUUGACAUCUCGCAAAGAGCCUCUGGCAAGGUGCUGUUUGACCUGGUGUGUGCCCACAUGAACCUAAUCGAGGGGGACUACUUCGGCCUGGAGUUUCAGGAUCACCACAAGAUGAUGGUUUGGUUAGACCUCAUCAAGCCCAUUAUUAAGCAGCUCAGACGACCGAAGCACAUGGUCCUGAGGUUUGUGGUGAAGUUCUUCCCCCCUGACCAUGCCCAGCUCCUGGAGGAGCUGACCAGGUACCUGUUUGCCCUUCAGAUAAAACAGGACCUGGCCUGUGGGCAUCUGACCUGCAACGAUAGUAGCGCCGCCCUGAUGGUUUCCCAUAUUAUCCAGUCCGAGAUUGGAGACUUUGAGGAGAGCCAGUGCCGGUCACACCUCCUCAACAACAACUACAUUCCAGAUCAAAUGGCCCUGAUUGAUAAGAUCAUGGAGUUUCACUCGAAGCAUAUUGGUCAGACUCCAGCAGAAUCAGACUACCAGUUACUAGAGGUGGCGCGUAGGCUGGAGAUGUAUGGGAUUCGUCUCCACCCUGCUAAGGACCGCGAGGGCACCAGACUCAGUCUGGCUGUGGCACACACCGGUGUCCUGGUCUUUCAGGGAUACACCAAGAUCAAUGCCUUCAACUGGUCUAAAGUGCGGAAACUGAGCUUCAAGAGAAAACGCUUCCUCAUAAAACUGAGACCAGAUCUAAAUAGUGCAUAUCAGGACACUCUGGAGUUCCUGAUGAGCAGUAGGGACUGCUGUAAAGUCUUCUGGAAGAUCUGUGUCGAAUACCACGCCUUCUUUCGCCUCUUUGAGGAGCCCAAGCCAAAACCCAAGCCUGUUCUCUUCUCACGAGGCUCCUCCUUCAGAUUCAGUGGCCGCACUCAGAAGCAGGUGAUUGAUUAUGUGAAGGAAUCUGAAUUUAAAAAGAUCCCCUUCGAAAGAAAACACAGUCGAGUCCAACACAACAGCCGCCUGUCUCCGAUGCCUUCUCCACGCCACCAAGAAGUGCCAACUGAAAGUUGUGUUCCCGGGGACAGAGUUGGCUCUCCCCCUCGGCGUCACUGGAAGGAGUCUGUGUUGGUUAGCGCUGAAGACCCGUCGGCCUUGCGGAUACGAGACAGCCCUUCCAGCCAGAGAAACGGCCGUGAGGAUAGAUCGGGGCCCGGAGCCAGGCCUGGUCUGGAGGAAGCCAGGGAUCCGAUCAGACAGAUCAACCCAGAACAUCUAAGCACAGGAGUGAUGGCCAGCAGCCCUCACCUCUCCGCGUCCUCCAGCCACUCCCAAGGCAUGGUCAACGGUCAGAAGUCCCUGGAGCUGUGCGGUCACAGUCCGGACGGCCGCCAGCCCUCCCCCCUCACCAGUCCCCUGCUCAACGAUGCCAGCAGCGUCCGCACGGAUGACGAAGACGAGGUUCGGAGGAAGAGGUUCCCGACAGACCGAGCCUACUUCAUAGCCAAGGAGCUGCUGACCACGGAGAGGACCUACGUGAAGGACCUGGAAGUGGUGACAGUGUCUUUCCAGGGUGCCGUGGGCAAGGACGAGGCCACGCCGGAGUCUCUGAAGAACGCCAUCUUCUCCAACUUCGAGCCUCUGCACAAGUUCCACACGGGGUUCCUCAGGGAAGUGGAGCAAAGGCUGGCUAUAUGGGAGGGACGCUCCAAUGCUCAUAUCAAAGGAGACUACCAGCGCAUUGGUGAUGUCAUGCUGAAGAACCUUCAGAGCUUGAAGCCCCUGACGGCAAAUCUCCAGAAGCAGUCGGAGGCCCUGGUGGAGCUGGAGAAGGCGUGCAGGACGUCUCGCCGGUUGGAGGGUCUCUGCAGGGACUUUGAGCUGCAAAAGGUCUGCUACGUCCCCCUCAACGUCUUCAUCCUGAGGCCCCUGCACCGCCUCAUGCACUACAAGCAGAUCCUGGGGCGCCUGUGUAAACACUACCCACCGACUCACGUGGACUUCAGGGACUGCAGAGCCGCUCUGGCAGACGUGUCUGAGGUGGUGGAGCAACUCCAGGGAAGCAUGAUUAAGAUGGAGAACUUCCAGAAGCUUCUGGAGCUUAAGAAAGAUUUGAUUGGCAUCGACAAUCUUGUCAUUCCUGGGCGGGAGUUCAUCAGGCUAGGCUGCCUCAGCAAGCUGUCUGGAAAAGGUCUCCAGCAACGCAUGUUUUUCCUGUUCAACGAUGUUAUUUUGUAUACGAGCCGAGGGAUGACGGCGACCAAUCAAUUUAAAGUGCACGGGCAGCUGCCACUCCACGGCAUGACAAUCAGGGAGAGCGAGGACGAAUGGGGCGUGCCUCACGCCUUCACGCUGGUCGGCCAGCGGCAGUCGGUGGUGGUGGCGGCGAGCUCUCCGUCAGACAUGGAGAAGUGGAUGGAGGACAUUAAAAUGGCAAUUGACAUGGCGGAAACCACCAACGGGCUUUCAUCAGACCUGUUGGCCAGUGAUGUGGCCGACAACAAAUCCCCCGAGGACUCCUCGGUGGAGGCCGAGUCUGAGGACGACAUGACGGCGUCGCGCACCUCCUUGGAGAGGCCCUCCCCUCAUCGUGGUAACACCACGGUGCACGUGUGCUGGCACAGGAACACCAGCGUGUCCAUGGUGGACUUUAGCAUAGCUGUGGAGAAUCAGCUGUCUGGGAACUUGCUGAGGAAGUUCAAGAACAGCAACGGCUGGCAGAAGCUCUGGGUGGUCUUCACCAACUUCAGCUUGUUUUUCUACAAGACUCAUCAGGAUGAUUAUCCGCUGGCCAGCCUUCCUCUGCUGGGCUACUCCGUCACCAUCCCCUCCGAAUCCGAGAACAUCCACAAGGACUACGUCUUCAAACUGCAUUUCAAGUCCCACGUCUACUAUUUCCGAUCAGAGAGCGAGUACACCUUCGAAAGGUGGAUGGAGGUCAUUCGCAGCGCCACAGUCCCUUCCAGCCGAUCCCGAAUCCAGAACCGGAAAGAGUCCCAACCUCAUUGAGCCGGCUGUCCUCGUCUCAGUGACACCGCCCCCCCCCCCC